UUAGAAGAGAGAAAAAGCACAAAAUAGUACCUAACUUAACUUCCACAGCCUAGCAGGCAGCAAGACUUAUUCUUUACCAUCCAAAAUCAUCUCUCCCUCUCUUUCUUAAUUAUCUCUCUGGUUCUGCCUCUUCCUGAGCCUCCUGCUUAUUGGUGCAGAUGGGUAAGGGGCCGCCACGGCCAGAUAUCGAGGUGGGGGCCUAUGCCAAGCGGCCACCACCACCACCUCCUCCACCCCUCCUUGAGAAAUGGCGACCAUGGCUGGUGCCACUCAUAUUUGCUGUUAACAUAACAACGUUCGUUUACACAAUGUACGUCAAUGAUUGCCCUGCAAAUACCGGUGCCGAUAAAUGUCUUCUCUAUGAUCUUCUCGAAAGAUUUUCAUUCCAACCGUUGCAAGAAAACCCUGUCCUUGGACCUUCCGUUGUCACGCUGCAACAUCUAGGAGCACUUGAUCCGGUUUUAAUUGUGAAGAAUGGUGAAGCAUGGCGUUUCUUUUCUUGCAUAUGGCUUCAUGCUGGAGUUGUUCACCUAAUUACAAAUAUGGCCAGCCUUCUAUUUAUAGGAAUUCGACUUGAAGAGGAAUUCGGAUUUUUGAGAAUAGGAUUGUUGUAUGUAAUUUCCGGAUUUGGCGGAAGCUUGAUGUCUUCUCUCCAUCGGAAGCCAAGUAUAUCAGUCGGUGCGUCUGGUGCACUUCUCGGACUUUUGGGGUCCAUGCUUUCCGAGCUCCUCGUCAACUGGACAAUCUAUACAAAUAAGUGUUCAGCGAUAAGCACCCUCCUGCUAGUUAUUGGGCUGAAUCUAGCCCUUGGUUUCAUUCCUCACGUGGACAAUUCAGCUCAUAUUGGAGGAUUUAUUUCCGGACUUCUUCUUGGAUUUAUUCUUCUAAUGCGUCCUCAAUACGGAUAUGUAAACCACAGGUAUAUACCUGCAGGAUACGACAUCAAAACGAAAUCCAAGCACAAGUGCUACCAAUAUCUAUUGUUGAUUACAGCAUUCAUUAUCUUAAUCGCCGGAUACAUAUGGGGUUUGGCUACUCUGUACAAUGGACAUAGAGUGCAGAUACCUCAAAACUUCAAUUUAUGAGCUAGUUCUUCAAAGAGCCCAAGACUGGAGAAAGCACGCUUUUGUUCUAUUAUGUACACUUCUACUGACAUAUAAGUUGCUAGUAUUUCGCACAUGCUUCUGUAUUGAACUAUUAGAUAUAGAAUUGCUGACAGUUUUGCAUGUGUACUUAUGUAUAUUUCUGUUAAUUGUAAUCUUCUUCUCACCAAUAGUGAAAUUCUUACUAAAAUAUACAGGUAUAUA